AUGCAGUGCGCAUGCUCAGGGCUGCACGCCUUCCCGUCGGCCCUUGUGCGGCGUGUGCAACGUGAUCUGGGUGCGGAGCUGAACGUAUUGCGUCUUGGCGUCUCCGUUCUUUCUGCCUGGCUGAGACUCACCAGGAAGGCCCUCGAGGUCGUCGUCCUUCUCGCGACAGGUGUCAUGGCCACCAUAGCUCUCGUCCUGGUGGCCGGAAAGGGAGGGCGGUGGGCGGUGGAGUUCCAGCAGCCCGGUGAUAAGCAGCCUCAACAAGAGAAGCCACUAACUAAAAGUCAGGACAUUAUACCUGGUCAAGAGAAAAAGGAUGAAGGAGCAUCUUCAGUUCAAGGUGAAGAUCCGCAGGCGGACUUCCAGCAGCCCGGUGAUAAGCAGCCUCAACAAGAGAAGCCACUAACUAAAAGUCAGGACAUUAUACCUGGUCAAGAGAAAAAGGAUGAAGGAGCCUCUUCAGUUCAAGGUCCUGCCUUGGAAGCUAAUCAACAGGAACUGGCUCAGCCAAAGACUGGGUGUGGGUGUGGAGAUGGUUCUGAUGUCAAGAGGAAGAGACUGCCAAAUCCAGAGCCCAUUAAAGAGCCAGAAGCAGGCUUUGGAUCACAGACCUUUGUCAGGAACUGUGUGGCUGGGUCAGAAGUCAUGCUGAAGACUGGUGUCAGCCCCCCUCAGCCAGGGCUCCUUAGAGAAAAGAUACUUAUCUAG